UUGAGACUCAUUUUAGGAGAAGGAGUUUUCUGACCUGAUGCUUCUCUGCUUCCCCAGAGAACACACAAACAAAGCCUUCCCCCCAGAUUUGAAAGUAUCUUCUUUCCCCAUUGGUCCUUUUGGUCAGGUGCCAACCAGGUUAUUUGAACUUCUUAACCCCUUACAGGUAAGGAGGAAUUCUGGGCUACCCUUAGCUGUAUGGUUGUGACAACAGCCGUGAAUCCUCUCCUGGAAUUAGGCAUCCUAAGCCUUUUCUCUCAAAAAAAUGAGGAGGAGGAGCUGUGGCCCUUAUUUAUAACCUUGAGCCCAGUGGUUAGAGCACUCAUCCAGGGUGUGGAAAACCAAGAUUCAGAUUGCCCCUCUGCCUGAUUCAGAGCAGGGAUUUUAAUCACACCUGAGGAGAGCAUCCUAACCACGGGGCCACAAAGUAUUCUGGGGGGGUCUCUCUCAAUUUCUUCUGUUGAAGCUGUUCCACUUUGUACAAAUAACUAAAUAUUCAUUGGGCUAGAUGAAGAGUGAGAAUGAUUCUGUGUUCUAGUGCUUAGGGCACUCACCUGGUACAUAGGAGUCAGACUCAAAUUCAUGUCCCUGUUGAACUUGAGUCUCCCAAAGUUAAUAGGGGCCCACUACCACUUGUGUUCUGUUAGCUGACCUCUGAGAAUGCCUACCAGAUUGGGUCCUGCAGGUCAGAUAGGUGGGGAAAUGCAUAGUUUGAGGAUCCUGCCGAGGCUUAGGCAUUUGUAUGAUGGGACUGAGGCAGCUGUGCACAUGCCCUGUGGUAGAUCUUUACAUGCCUAAUGGACUGUACCAGCGGAAACUUUGAUACCUACAGAAUUAGGUGGCAGCUGAGCAGGGGUUUUGAAGAUCUAAAUUUUGGACUUAGGUGUCUAAAAUAGCAUUUAGGUGUAUAAAUCCCUUUGUGGAUCUAGUCCUUUAGCCCUAAAAAAGGGCACACUGGAUCUUAUUGAGUACAAUGUUUCAGUACAGCAUUAAUAAAACCAAAUGUCUUCAAGGAAAAAUUUGAUACAACUAACGAUGUUACAUUAGCUUUAUUUCAAUGUAAUGAAAAAGAGCACUACAGGAAACUGCUAGUAAACACUUUAUCCGGGCUUCUCUUUAGAGCGCUUCUUGGUCAAUUAUGCCACCAUAAAAUACAUCACCUUCACUCUCCAAAAAACCUACUAAAAGGGACAAAAAUUAGAGGACAUGACUAACAUGGCUACAUGAUUAAAGAUAAAUGGAUGAUCGUUUUUGAGUAGCAAAUCAUCCUGGAUAAAUAAUAAAAGGCUUAUAAAUAUGUAUGAUUAUAUUUCAUGUUAGAAGUUCUAUUUACAAGGCAAAAUGCAGCAAUACUUUACAAAAAGGACUAUUAAGAAAUAGUUUGAUCCAUAAUAAUAAGUCUCUGUGGUUCAAAGUGGUUUUGCUCUUGUCAUAUUAAUUUUGUGUGCACAUGCAAUAAGGGUAAGUGAAUACAAUUAAAACAAUUUAUCAAACAGCAUUUGUGGAUUAUGGUCAGGCAAUAUAGGCAGUGUAGAGGUUAAAUCACAGUUUUUCUAAUGAGACUAGCAGUUUACAUUCUUUCAUGAGCAUAUAAUAUUAGCAACUGCUGGGAUUCUUUCAUUUACAAUAUUCUGAAAUGGAUUUAUUCUGCAAGGGGACAUCACAUUUCGCUGCAGUGAGCUCUAAUAAGAUAAGAUAUUGGCUAAUAUAGCAACAGCAGGAGAUCAGAUUAGGUGAUCUUGUGGGCACACCUGGUAAAAUGAAAUCAGUCAUAAACUCUAGCUGCAUAUGAAUAUUGUAUAUAUUGUGUGCAGGAUUAUCUGCAUUAGACUGUGUAUAACGCUAACUAGCUAAAAGCUCCCCUGCCCCUUCUUGAAUUUACUCCUUUAUUUACUUCUCCAGGAAAAGCAAAGAUUUUCAUUACUAAUCAGCAUACCCAAAGUUAGAGUGAUAUGGAAAUAAAGAAAUAGCUCACUGAUCACAGGAAAAGGUUCCAUGCAUGGGGGGAAAACCAGAAUCCACUUAGCAAAGGAAAGUAACUGCCACAUGGGCUGACACAGCUUCUGUAAUGUUUGCGAAAAUAUUGUUCCAAGGGAAGGUGCAGAUGCAGAGUAAGGGGUCCCAGUUUGCACUUAAUAGAAAAAACUUCCCCUUGUGACAGCCCCAGAUAGGUGUUAAUGGAUUCUGAUUAAUACCUUAGUUCACUGUGUGCUGAACAUAUGAGGCUGUAUUCUGAUCUCAGUAAUACGAGGGUAAAUUGGAGGUAGCUCAGUGUAUUUUCCUCCAGUGUAACUGAGAUCAGAAUCUAGCCCAAGGUGCACUGGCUGCAAAGUUCAGCUACGUAUUCCAAUCAUUUGAAGCAGAAAAAAAACUGGAUUUGCAAAAACUGUUGAAGACACUGGGACAAUCUUAGUGUUGCCAUCCCUCACAAUUUUAUUGCAAGUGACCAAUCUUCACAAUCUUAUUGCAAGUCUCACAAUAUCUGGAGCUUUUCUUAAAGCCUAGCUUCUAGAUCCAUGUGAUUAGACAAAAAAAAGUAGCGUUUUUUAAGCCCUCAGGGUUGCUGAGAAACACUUGAAAAUGUGACCCCCAGUGCAACCUGCAGGCUCAGAAACCAAAGGAAAAUAAAAAUAACCUUUUUAAAAAAUUGUGAUUUUUUUUUUAAGCCAAACUCAGGAUUUGGGGGAGGAGAGGAGCUGUACAAGGCCACACCGCACAGAAGUCACUAUUUUGAAGAGUGCACUGCCCUGCUCUCACUGGAGUGACCUCGCAUGCAGGGUGUGUGUGAGGUCACACCAGCAGAGGCGAAGCAUCAAGUUCUUCAAAAUGGCAUCCCCCAUCCAUGAUACCAGACAAAACUGCGUCCAGUUUUGUCUCCAUACUGGAAAGGGGACACAACCACGGAAAAAGAGGGGUUUCUGGCUUAAAGCCAGAUGAAUGGCCUGCCUAGAUGGAGGUCCUGCUCCAGAUUCUGUUACCAGAUCUCAAUGCUGGCAGCAAAGCAGAAUGUUUGGUAGCACCAUGUAGCUAGAAGGGAGUUGGAAGAUCUCAGGCCUGCUGUGAGAAUAGUGGCUUCCUAAAAUGGUGUAAAUCAUACGUUCCUAUUGGCAUUGCUAUUAGGUUUCUAAUCCUCUUGUAGCCACUACAGACAAGGGGCCUGAUUCUUUUCUUGCUUAAGCAAGCAAAGCUCCACUGGCUUCACAGCAGUUAUUCCCCACUGAUGCUAGGGUGACUAGGUGUCUGGUUUUUGACCAGAACACCCAGUCGAAAAGGGACCCUGGCGGCUCUAGCCAGCACCGAUGACCAGGCCGUUAAAUGUCCGGUCAGCAGUGCUGUGGGUCUAAGGCAGGCUAGUCCCUACCUGUCCUGGCUCUGCACUGCGCCCCAGAAGCGGCCAGCAACUCUGGCUCCUAGACAAGGGGGACCCACUGGGCUCCGUACGUUACCCCCGCCCUGACCACUGUCUUUGCACUCCCAUUGGCCGGGAACCGUGGCACAGCGCAGAGUUAGCACAGGCAGGAAGCCUACCUUAGCCCCCGCACUGCAUCACUGACUGGGAGCCGCCAGAGAUAAGCCCGUGCCCCAAUCCCUGCCCCAGCCCUGAGCCCCCCCCAAAUGCAGAGCCCCCUUCUGCACCCCAAACCCCUCAUCCCUGGCCCCACUCCAGAGCCCAAAUCCCCAGAUGGAGCCCUCACCCCUCCUGCACCCCAACCCAGAUCCUCCUCCCACACCCUGAACCCUGAGUCCUCAGCCCCACCCCAGAAUCUGCACCUCCCUCCUAGUGAAAGUGACGGAGGGAGGGGGAAUGUAGUGGGGUAGGGGGCAGGGCCUCAGGGAGGGGCGGGGCUAGGGUGUUUGGUUUUGUGUAAUUAGAAAGAUGGCAACCCUAACUGAUGCUGAACAUAGCCUCCAAGCACCUUGCCCUAGGAAACAUACAACAGAGUGAGAUUUUGAAAUGAGUCACUGAAACAGAGUGUUGUUGCCACUGUGUUGGUCCCACACCUGAAGCAGAGCUCUGUGUAAGCCUGAAAGCUUUGUCUCUCUCUCUCACCGACAGAAGCUGGUCCAAUAAAAGAUAUUACCUCACCCACCUUGUCUCACUGACACACACACAUUUUUCAUCAUACCAAGAGGGAGAUACUUAAAAAAAAAAACCUACCUUAAAAUUUAAUCCCAGCAGGUGAGGGAUUUCCCCUUCAAAUCAGCAUGUUCUGAUAGAGCUGAUGGUUUCUGCGGUCUUAAAGGGAGGAGAGGGGAAAGAAGAAGAAGAAGAAAAAAGGCCACUGCCACUUUAAAUGACUCAGGAAGUAAAAACCAGGAUGGCCUGAACUUUAAAAGUGAAAGUAGCUGCUAAUGUGCAUUGGGCCCUGCUGCUUGGUUUAAGGGAGCAACUGAGAUCCCAGCACCCUGCUCAUGAAAACUAAGGGGAGUGAGGUUAUUUUGGCGUGUUAAAUCCCAGUUGCUCAGAAGGUGGGAGGGGGAUCAGGCCGGGAGCUCAGCCAGAAACAGGAGAGGGAUUGUGGCUGGAGAGGAGGAAGCAGAGCAACUGGGCCGUUCAAGUGUCGCAGGGCAGAGAGCAGCUGGAGGCUUGUGCUGGAAGCGGGGAAGCCGCUUCCCAGCAGAGAGGCAGCAGUUAUCCCCCCGAGCUGAGAGCUGCGGCAGGGAAGCGACCAGGCCGGGCAGGGGGCUGCAGCCCCAGCCAGGCCACCCCGGGAGAGGCUCGCCAUGGCCUCUGAGGCGGGGGAGCGCGCCGAGGAGCUUCCCCCCGACGGCACGUGCGAUGUCUGCGAGCCCGAUGAAGCCAAGAGCGCGGUGGGGGUGUGCGAGGAGUGCGGCUUCUCCUUCUGCCAGCCCCACGCCGAGGAGCACGGCCAGAAGUUCGCGGCCCACCGCCUGCGGGGCCCCGCCUCGGGCGGCGAGGAGCUGGGGGAAGAGGCGCCCAAGCUGGAGCGGAAGAAGUGCGAGGAGCACGGGCAGGAGCUGAGCCUGUACUGCAAGGAGCACGAGAAGAUCAUCUGCGUGCUGUGCGCCGUCACCGGCACCCACCGGCAGCACCAGCUCAUCACCCUGGAUGAAGCCUACCAGGCCAUGAGGAAUAGAGAACCCGUUGACCUGAAGGUGGCCAUGCUGGAGAUGGUGGAAAGGUUAAAGUUCAAGUGUGCAGACCCUAAAGUGACUCGGAGUGAGAUGAAACUGUGUGUUCAGCAGGAGUUUGACACUGUACGGCGGCUGGUCUGUGAGGAGGAACGGAAAGCUCUCCACCUAGUGGACCUCCAGGAAGCGGUGGCCACUGCUCAUGUGACAGAGGUGCUGGCGGAAAUCAACGUCCACAUGGCAAAGCUGAUGACUGAGAUGGCAGAGAUCAGAAGGCAGCUGAACACCUUCAAUGAGUUAGCCCUGCUCAAGCCUGAGAGCAACGAUGAGGAACCCAGAGCUGAUCCUUUCCCUCCUGCCUCUCCUUCCCGAGGAAACGGGCGAUAUGAUGACAAGGACCCAUCGUCGGCUAACGGGCCCUGCUGAGACAAGACGGGUUUGGCUGCAGUGGAGACAUUACAGAAGGAUCCUCUCCACACAGACUCCAUGUGAUGCUGAGCAUGCAGGAAGAGUGUCUUAAGUCACACAACUGCAGCAGAAGCAGCAGCAAUCGUUUCCUCCCUUUACUUUGCUGUGUCUUUGGUUCUCCUAGAUAAAAAUAUGAUCCUUCCACGCACCUGUCCUUUGGGAACACACUUACUGUCACGCCUAGCGACAUAUUUCCCGAGCCGCCGUUUCUUAGGAGGACAAAUAUCCUGCAAAGAUAUGACACUGUGGAACCAGUAAUUAAAAUGAAGAAUGCAGUACAGUAGAAAGUAGAAAUAUGAGUCUAAAAGCCACACUGGAGUUUUUACUGAUGGGGGUUAUUGAGGACUUCAGUUUAAUAAUUCAGUGCAGCUAAGAUUAAUAAAUGAUAUGAGGUGGAAAUGGUCUUUCAAGAAGAAGAAUUGGAGUGGUAUGUUAACGGUUUAAUUUAGUGUGUUCUGAAAAAUGCUGCAUGAAACCCUGUAUAAUAACUGAGCACAGUCCUAAGAUUUCAGAGCCUUUGUAGGGGGGGAGAAUGUGUAUUAUGAAUGAUAUUUAUGCCUCAUGAGUGAGGCUGUCUGAGCACAUGCUAGAGAGUCAGGGAUCCCAGCUCCGACACUGGCUUCCCGUUGGGCUUCCAGCAAGUCUCUUCAUCUCUCUGUCUCAGUCUCUCCACCUGGAGCAUGGCAUUGGCUUUCAUUUUCCAGGUCAAGGGCUGCCACAGGGAACUCCCAUAAAGCGCUCAUCUUCAGGUUUCCCACUUGUAGCAAAUCACAGCCCCUGAGCACUUGAUAUAUUGUCGUUCCCUUCUACCCUCUUUGCUCCAACUGUCUGUAAUGUCAGUGAAUUCCAGCCCUGCUUAAUGAAAGGGCUUCAGGAGACAUAGAUAGAGGUCUAUGCAGCUUAGAGGCCCAUCCUGCCACCACAUACUACAGGUCAUUGGCCCAGAUCUACAAAGGGACUUAGGUGCCUAAAUACUUAAUCAUUAGGCCGGGGGGUUGGGGGGAACAGUCGCCUGGUGGAUACGGUAUCCAGCAGGAAGGUGGGAGACCCAGAAUCUAGUCCCCCUGCUCCAAUGAACUUUUAACUUAUCCAAAGUGGAACAGGUUCAACAGGAGAGCUUACAGGACCCCCUUCCCUCCCCAUUAGACUAUUCCAUAGCUCAGUGAUUAGAGCACUCUCCUGAGAAGUGGUUGUCCCUGUUCAAAUCUUUUCACACACACACCCCCCGCCCCCCAGGCCAAGGAGGAAAGUGAACCUGUCUCCCCCACAUCCCAGGUGAGUGCUCUAACCAUUGGGCUAAAAGUUAUAAGGGAGCUGCAUCCUUUGGGAACAAUGAAAUUGUCAUCCAGUAUGGGGAGGCUCGUGAGAAGAGUGAAGAGAUCCUUCUGAGGAGCUGUGAGCUCACUCCUGUGAAAGAUAAGAAUACCUACUAACCAUGCCUCAUUCAGGUCCCUGAUUCAUCGAGGUACUUUUAAGCAGUGAGCGGUCCCUUGACUUCCUCCUCCUCUUCCUCCAUGUUCUCCCAUUCCUCACUCCAAAUGACUCCUGGCCAGUGUUAAAUUGAUCAGUUGAUUACCUUGCUACUGUAGAGAAGAUUUGGGGGAAAUCUUAUUUCCUGGCCAUGCUUCAGAUCUUUGUAUAUAUUACAGCCAUAUUGCUGGGGUACAAGUGGUCUAAUGAAUUUACUGUCAGGGAUGUGGGAUGUCAGAGUGUGCAUGCACAUGUUACCCUGGCCGUCUCAAACGUGCACAUAUAUUCUCCAGGUACCUCUUGCACUGUCAUACAUUUAGUUUAUGCCACUCGGUUUGUUUAGUUUUGACUUAAAAACAAACAAACCAAAAAAACUUCUGCUUUCUUUUUUCCAUUUGAUCAUUAAUUAUUAUUGAAGAACUGAGCCAAGUUCACUACUGAUGUAAGCCCAUCCAAUUCCAUUGAAGCCAGUGGAGUAAUCCUGCUUACAGUAGUGGUGAAUUGGGCUCCGUGAGUUCAAUGGUAUAGAUGGAAUUUAGUGACUUCCUAAGGUGCCGUAUAAUGUAUCAGUUUCUAGAAUAGCUUGAAAUUGAAUAUCAAGGUUUGGGAAACACCUUGGGUUACUCAUAGGGUACACAAAUAGCAACAUCAGUGGAACCAGGCAUGUGAAUAAGGGAAGCAGGUGUGGCCCUGAAUCUCUAAACAACAGGAUCCACCCACUAAACAGGAUUGUCACAAAUCUCAGAAGUUGCACAGGAUUGUUUUUAUUUAAUUUUUUUUUUUAAACAGCUCCCAGUGGGAGGUUGUUUUUUUCUCCUCAGCAGCACAGGGUUUUGCAGGCUACACCAUUUAGAUAGAUUUCAAGGGAAACAGAUAUUUUAGUCACUGAGUGAAACAUUUUUACUUCCUAAAAUU